ACGCGGCGGUUCUUAACUUCAGUUCAGUCGUUGUGAUUCUGGAAACUGAAGAGGAUAACGAAAAUGGAAGAAUGAAACCCGGGAGCAGCUUGCCGGAAACCCUACCGAGCUGAGAUCAGUGAAGCAACCAUUUUCAGGUGUCUUGCCACCCCAAAGGUAAUUCUCUCUCGCCAAUUACAUCUUCUAGGGUACCAUUGAUUUUUGGUCAGCCACGAGAAACACGAUGAAAUUCCUCGAACGAAUGAACUGUUGGGUACUUCAAUCGAAAUUUGGAUCUUCAAGCUUGGGUUUUUAAUGUUAUCCCCUUAUGCACUUGGUUUCAAUGGUUUCCUGAGAAUCAGCAGCUGAAUUGGGGGUUUUAUCCAGUCCCACUUUAGUUGAUGACUUGAUGUUAUCGUAUAAUGGUUUAAGAUGAAACGCAGAAAUGGAGGUUUCUGAUUUCUCUGAACAUUUUCUUAUUCAUAUUAUUUCAAUCUGCAGGUAGAAGGAAAUGAUUCUAAACGGAUGCAUGAUACCUUCGGGGUAUGCUUAUACCAAUACCAGGGCUGGUCAACCCACAUAUGGUAGGUUGGCGUCUGCUCGUGUUCCAUGUAAACCUGCGAAUGCUGCAGCCUUAAGCAUUAGAAGUUCUUGGCAGGGGCCAAUAUCGUGUUCCUCUGGAGCUUUAUCUGGGUCGCGUAAUCUCUCUGCUGCAUCAAGCCCUCUCAUUAAUGGGGAACGCGGUGGAUUAUUACGCAUGAUUCCCUCUCUUCCAAGACAGCGCGGAUCCAAUCUCCCUGCUCGAGCAGCAAAAGAUGUGCCCACUAGCUUUCGGUUCCCACCAAUGACCAAGAAGCCGAGAUGGUGGUGGAGAACCCUAGCAUGCCUCCCUUAUCUGAUGCCUCUCCACGAAACCUGGAUGUAUGCUGAGACAGCAUAUCACCUGCACCCCUUCCUCGAAGAUUUCGAGUUCCUGACAUACCCGUUUCUCGGAGCUAUAGGGAGUUUACCGGGCUGGUUCUUGAUGGCAUAUUUCUUCGUCGCUUACCUUGGAGUUGUAAGGAGAAAGGAAUGGCCUCAUUUCUUCAGGUUCCAUGUGGUUAUGGGGAUGUUGCUUGAGAUUGCCCUCCAGGUUGUUGGCACAGUGAGUCGUUGGCUGCCACUCGGUAUCUACUGGGGCAAAGUCGGGAUGCAUUUUUGGACAGCAGUGGCGUUCGCUUACCUCUUCACGGUCUUGGAGUGCAUAAGGUGUGCUUUAGCCGGUAUGUACGCUGACGUCCCCUUUGUGUGUGAUGCUGCUUACAUUCAGAUUCCAUACGACUAAUGGUAGCAUUGCAGGUUAAGAUAGAAUCUAGAAACCUUGGUCUGUACGUUGUUUUAAUGCUUACUUUUCCCAUAUGUAGUCUCUAGUUGCAAGCAUUUUAAGUCAUGAAUCUUUUGUGUGCUUCCCUAUCUCUCUUUGGAUGAACAAAGUUAAAAAGGACCCAUUGAUGUUUUAACCAGAGAGAAUACUUUCUCAACCAGCGCCAUGGGUUUGAUCUAACCAUAGGGUUAGUUUCUGGAUAACUUGUUCAAGUAAGCACAUAGAGUGCUAUGCUUUUUGCUCCUUAUUGGUGAAAUGCCUCUGUUGUUUCCUUCCUAGAGAAAGAAACAAUUGUCAACAUCACAAGGACGAGUGAAAAAAGUUUGGGUCACAGUGGAGAACAGCUACUCAGGUUUGUGAUUUUCUGCGUCGGAUUGGUCGUGGAACUCACUUGAGACAAAUAGAAGUUAGACUUACAC